CUCUCUCUCUUUCUCUCUCGAACCCCUACUUGAAAUGGAAAUGCAAGGAAGACCAGGUGAGUCAAAGCCGAUGGUAGUGAAGCUGAAGGCAAUUGAAGUGACCCCAGAAAGCUUCCAAGAGUAUGGGCAAGUGAUUGAAGCAUCCCCAGAUGGAGAAGAGUUUGGUCCCAAAGAUGCUCAGCUGGAUCUCAACAAAGGAAUCCCAAGGUUUCACAUUAUUCGGCUAGAGGACCAACCACUCAAGUUCGCCACAAUUACACAUCAUGCUAGUGUAACACAAUGUCUUGGAUCCAUUGGAGGUCAUGUUUGGUUUCUUGGAGUAGCUAAACCGUCUAUAGUGGACUCAAAAGAGAUUAAGAAUGACAAUAGCAAGGCAAAUCUGCAGUCACGUUGUGGUCAUUUCUAUCUUCCUCCAGCUGUUGAUGAUGUGCAAGUUUUCAGAAUUUCAGGUCCAAAGUUCGUAAAACUUAAUGUUGGAACAUGGCAUGCUGGGCCUCUAUUUAAAGAACACUCUAUGGAUUUCUACAAUUUAGAACUAAGCAAUACCAAUGAGGUGGAUCAUACCACACAUAGCUUCAGAAAGAAAGACAUGGUGGUUUUUGCCAUUGAUGACUGACUAGCUGUUGUGUAUCAAUUCAUGACUUCAACACUGAGUUCUCCAGGGGCUCUUGAAGAAGUAGAUGCUUCAAAAAUGGAACUCUCCUUGCUUGCAAAGUUUGAUCUUUUUCGGCCUUGUCUAAUUUGUUUUCUGAUACUGGAGGAUGUUGGGAUUUUAGGCAAUCAUGGGAGGAAGGGGAAGGUUGUAUUUGGGGAGUUCUGUGCUAGUUCACAAUUGGCUGUAGCUUGGUUUUCUCUGUUGGAAUAUGCCAAUGGAAACCGUUUGUGUUGCACUAGAUUGUAUUGGCUGCUAUACUCUUGUUAAUGUAUACAGAUUAUUAUUAUUAUUAUUUAUUUAUAUUAAUUUAUGAACUA